AUGAUUAAAAGCAAAGAGGAUAUCGGGAUAGUUUACUAUUAUUUGAGCAAGUUAUUCAAAUGUAUUUUUAAAUGCUCCUACUUUGAAGACUAUAUAAUCAAUCCAGAAGUGAUUGAAUUAUUAUUCGGGGAAGCCAAACAAUUUUAUGUUCAAAAUUGCAAUAUUUCUGCUCAAGACUACAAUAUUGACAUUUUAAUGCAAUUUAUUUUGAACAAUUUGGUUAGCGAAUAUCAUCGACUUUCUUUUUGGAUAUUUGAUAUUGACACUUUGAAGAACUAUAAAAAUGAUUUGUUUAAAAUUUUAUUAUGUGGAGGAGACAAAUUUCGAAAAGAAGUUUAUGUGACGCUCUUUUCUACUCCAGGAUUUACCAAAGAUGUUUAUAAUUAUAUUGUUGAAGUAAGUUAUUUAACUGGGGUCAACCCUGAAAACCUACACCCCCCGAAAAAAUUUUGUAAGGGAAUAUCAAGUUGUUUAGAUGGAUUAAGGGGGAAUGGGAGAUAA